UCAUAGAACAUCAUAUACAAAAAUUUGAAUUACAAAAGUUCUUAUUUGCUUCGGGUUCGACUGAAUAUUCAUUAUUUUACUGAGGAAUUUGUAUAUGUUCGUUUUUCAAGUAUGGAAACUGAAAUUUUGGAAAUUUCAAGUGAUAGUAACGAAACGACAAUAGAAUCUUCAGUCCCAGAGUUGAAAACUGAAUGUUCAAAGCUCCCAUCUAAAAGAGAUGACGAUUUAGACUAUCUUUUCAAUAAAUAUCUGGGGGACAGGAAGAGAAAACACGACGAUACUACUGAAACGAAUUUAUUUGCAUGUGACUCCAAUACAAAACCCAGCGAUGGGUUGAACUCACAUAAUCCAUUGAAGAAUAAACUAGAAUGUGUCUCUUCCGAUGAUGAUGAUUCUGCACAGUGUUCAAACAACAAAAAGAUAGCAUCUACUGAUACUAUGACAACUAUGACUAAGUUUUCGAUAUAUGAUUCAACUGAAACUGAUGACUUAAGUGUUAAAUAUAAUAAAACUACUACCAAAGAGAAACAAAAAUUAGAGAAAGAGGCUCAGCGUCUGGAAAAGUUGAGAUUGAAAGAACUCAAAAAAGAGGAAGAUAAAAGAAAUAAAGCAUUGAAAGACGCCCUCGCUAAUCAUUACAGAAAUAUGAAACCUGAAAACUGUAUUAAGUUUGUAAAAGUAGAAAUAGAUACAAGUUUAACUACAGAACGUUUCUUUCAACGCAUUGUAAAAGAGCUUCAGGAUAACGGAAUUUCUUACGCUACUAUAUCCCAUGAGAUACCCUCGAUUGUCACUUGGAAAACACAAUUGAAUUCCCAUAUUCUUGAUAGUAACGCACAGUUGAUUGAUGCUUCCAACGGAUUCGAGAUAAAUGAAGUGUUACUUGUCAUAAAGUGGAAUGAUUUUUUAGUACAUGUACAUGAUGAAACUUUUAUUUCAUUCAUAGAAAAUAUUUAUACGAUUCUGGUAGGAAAGAGAGUCACACUAUGUAUUUACGGAUUGGGAAAUUACUACCAGUAUCAGAAACGGAAAAAAAAUCGCGAAUUUAAGGGAGACAUUACAAAUACAGCGCCUAAAUCUUAUAAGGACGACAGGAUAUAUGGAAAAGCCCCAACAGUUUCAAGAAGAACCGUCGAGUACAUCCUCACAGAAGUGCAGCUAAUGUUCUCGAUAUCGCACAAAAUGGUGGAAACAGAACAGGAAAUAGCCUCUUUUAUUUUCCAAAUAACCAAAUCGAUUGCUCAAGCACCUUACAAGAAAGAAAAGUUGGAAAAAUUCAGCCAGUGCAAAUGGUUCUUAUCGGAAGAUAACAGAAACUGCAUUAAAGUCGAUAAGAACGGAAAUGGGUUGCCGAGACUGUGGAAACAAGUUAUAUGCACCUUUCCGCUUGCAUCGCUUGAAACGGCAGAGGCAAUAGCAGCUGUUUAUCCAACUCCGUCCAGUCUUUUCGAGGCAUACAAACUGCUGAAUAACGCCGAAGGUGAAAAACUUCUACAAGAUAUCCCCAUAAGGAGGGCAGCCGGACCCAUAACCACGAUGAGAAAAAUAGGUCCAGAAUUGAGUAGAAAAAUAUACAACUCGUUCAAUUCCCUCGACCCAAACAAGUCGUUGUAACAAAGUAUCUUCCAACAAUAUCAUUUAUUUUUCAACGAUACAAAAAUUUUAUUUCCUUAUCUACAUUUUUCUUCACAAUAUAACAAAUAUCAUUAAA